AUGUCCAUUGUCAACACAUCCAGUCAUCGCCCGUUACAUCCAGUCGCCGACUGUAGAAAUGUUCUACGCUGUAACUGUUCCUCUUUCCCUUUUAUUCAUCGUUCAGGCCAAUGGUUUCAGUCUGAAUCCAUUCGGUGGAGACUUCGACCCGAUUCCGGAAUUUUUUCCGGAUGUGGGAGCUCAAGCAACAUGUUCAGGGCGGAAUAUUCGACUCUGGUUGGUGGUGCGACCUAUGGAGAGACUUUGAAAAACUCAUUCCGUUCCUUACCGUCGACGUGGACAUCAAAACCACCAACGGAACUACAUGGGUCACGACAAACAUUGGAGGACACCAAUACAAUGCCACAUUCGAAGACGUGA